CUGUUGCCUCUGUGCCUUUGCCAUUGGUUUGCUGCGGUGGUGGUGUUUGGGUGCACGGUGUGUGUGUGGAGACAUGGCAGUGCUCACUCCGAUCCUCGCUAUUUUGUAUUCGGCUCCCGGACUAUGGCGCUGGGUGUCACAGCCCUAUUACCUACUCUCCGCCCUGCUGUCCGCCUCAUUCAUCCUAAUUCGGAAGGUCCCCCCGGUCUGCGAACACCUGCCGACACAGCGAGAGGAUGGGAACCCCUGUGACUUUGACUGGAGGGAGGUGGAGAUCUUAAUGUUCCUCAGUGCUAUUGUCAUGAUGAAAAACAGACGCUGCAUCACCAUUGAACAGCACAUAGGAAAUAUCUUCAUGUUCAGUAAAGUUGCCAACACUAUCCUCUUCUUCCGCCUGGACCUGCGUAUGGGACUCUUGUAUGUAACACUCUGUCUAGUGUUUCUAAUGACGUGCAAGCCUCCUCUCUAUAUGGGACCUGAACAUAUCAAAUAUUUUAGCGACAAAACCAUAGAGGAAGAGAUGCAGUCUGAUGGACGUGUAUCAUGGAUUGUAGAAUACUUUGCCAACUGGUCAUCAGAAUGUCAAUCAUUUGCCCCUAUAUAUGCAGAGUUAUCUCUGAAAUAUAACUGUGCUGGAUUGAAAUUUGGAAAAGUUGAUAUAGGAAGGUAUCCUGACCUUAGUACCAGGUAUAAUGUCAGUACAUCUCCUUUGUCCAAGCAGUUACCAACCCUCAUUUUAUUUCAAGGUGGUAAAGAGAUUUUGCGGAGGCCUCAAGUAGAUAAAAAAGGCCGUGCUGUGUCUUGGAGCUUUACCCAGGAAAACGUUAUUCGAGAAUUUAAUCUGAAUGAGCUUUACCAGAAGGCAAAGAAGAUUAAGAAGCAACGAGAUGAUACCACUGCUGAUACAGCUGCGGAUACAGAGAAUGAGACGGCUGUCACAGAGAGCAAAAAGGACCAGUAAUAGCAGCUGUGAGGGUGUGCAGUCUACUCUCUGCAAAUAGCCUGUUACUACCAUCAUUAAAAGAUAAUGGAGUCAUCCUUGUAGCACAGAUUGAAGUGCUAGUACGUUUGAAGCCUAGUCUGUAUAUCUAUCUUGCCAUGUAACAUCUUUCAGUCAUGUCCUGUUGAUUAUUUAUUUUCACUUAAGGUAUGGGUUAAUCCUUCUCAGGUGGUCCGAAAUAGUUAGGUUGCUUAAACUUUUAAUUUUCCUAAUAUGUGUUUUUUUUUUUUUGUGUAAUUAUCUCCUAUUGUAAAAUCACCAUUUUUUUUUUUAUUAUUAUUGUGAUUGAUUUUACAAUGGUGGCCUUCUUUGUGUCAUGGCGCAAGACAAAUUUUGGUUACAGAAACCUCGGUGUCUCCGUUCAGGAAGUCUAAGCUUCUUGGACAAAAAAAUGAUCUAUAUAGCACAUUUCAUGAUAUAUGUAAAUAUUUUGCAAAUUUUUGUUCCUUAGACUUAGAACUGAACUCCUAUUGUAAUACUCAACUUCGCUGAAAGUUUCACUUUUGUGGACUACUGGAAGUGUUUGAAUCUCAGUCCUAAUGUUAGUUUUAGGAGAUACCUAGGUAAGUAUAAUGUGCAUGUAGAACAUUUCAUGUUUGAGACUUGUCUUAUUUUAGUUUUAUGUGGAUGCGAGUGCAAUUUUUUUUUUUUUAGCACCUAUUUUCGGAUGAAUAUAUGAACUUUUCACAGAUAUAGGUCUUCUAUGGUAGCUUUCUGCUGUAGUUUGCGAUUCAACUGGUUACAAAAAUAGGGCUAGUAGAAAUCUGAGGAAAGACUAGUUUAUUCAUGCAUUUUGAGAAAUGAACAGAUAUAAGCAUUACAGUAUUUAUGAUUGACAAACUAAAAUAUUAAGCUACAUGUGUUAUUAGAAGCUAUGACAUUUCCCCAAUCAUAUGUUGUGGGAGCAUCCAGUGGCACUAGUUAACUUUGCAGGUUAGGGUCUUCUGAGAACAUUGUUCAUGGGAACUCAUUAGUAAACACCAAACUAAACGCUGUAUUUACAUAUUUGGAUAAAUUCUAUUCCCACAUCACUUGAAACGUGCAUACAAACUCUUAGCAUAUAACUAACAAGAAUACAGCCAACACACUGACAAUCUUUGUCCAGACUUUCAGGUUUUGGCACACAGACAUACAGAGACUUCCUGCCCUAAUGUAAUGUUUGUUGUCAAUGUCAAAUGUAAAGUUUAAGACCUCAUUGUCACGCAUAAGAUUGUCGCAUGUCAUUCAUAAACAUAAUCACUGUAAAAUACUGUUAAUUGUUUAUUAUUUGUAAUGCUUAGAUUACAUCUUUUAAUUUUUCAGAACGCAUGAAUAAAGGCUUUCCCCCAGAUUUCUACUAGCCAUAACUCUGUAACAGUGUCUCAGGCUCAGCAGCAUGCUAUCAUAGAGGAUUUAUACCUGUUAAUAAAUCCGGUUUCUAUCUGGUGCCCCACCAGAGAAAUUCAAUCCAAAAGUAAGGGAAAUGUUUAAAAAAAAUUGCACAUUACUGCUGCCAUAAAAAAGUCUUCGAUUGGAAAUGUUCUGCAUGCGCACGCUUACCUAGCUUCCCUCUAAAAAAAUGUUUUAAAAACAUUAGAACUUCUCUUCUCAUUAUGAAUUGACCAUAAAAGUGGAACUUUAGCAUUAUAUUCUGUGUCUAAAAUGUCUACAUGUGUACACCUUAUAAUGUACUCUAGAGAUCAGUUUCUAAUACAAGGAAAUAGGACCACCCUGAGCUGAGAAAUGUAGGUUUCAGUAAAUAUCUGUAUAACCAAAAUUUGUUGUCUGCCAUGCAAAAAGGAUGGCCACCGUGAUUAAACCAAGUAAGAUUUAUUUUGUAUUUUUUUUUAUGGUGGUUUUGCAAUACCAAUACAUAGCGGUAAUCACUCAAAAAUAAAUUAUUACAAAUGGUCAAGCAACCAACUCUGUAAGUAUUGGACCACUUUGUGACUUCUUUUUUUUUCUUGCCAAGAAAGGUUAUUGCUGAUAAUGUGCCUCAUUUCAAUUAAUACCAAUAAACUGAAACAUGUAAAUAUUG